GUUCUAAUCCGAAAACGAACCGUAUUUGAAAGAAGUCUAUGCAUUUUCCUGUUUUUUUCUGACCAUUUGCUGAACAAAAAUGUAAAUUACACUUGAGUAAGUUGAAAUCCAAUCAAUAAAACUGGUAUAAAUAAAUAAAGUAAUUGCUAGAUUUGUCAUCACUUCUCAUUAUUUUGGCUAGUGUUCCCGUGGUGCUGAUUAAAACCUCUUUGGAGGAGACCAGAAAUUCCUCAAUGCAGGAAAAACCCUUUUAUAAAAUGAACCACUUUUUAUUUACAGCAGUCCUUUCGUCUGAAAGCAUUGGUAUGUUCAUUACCUUCAAACAACUACAAUGCAACCAGCCACUUGGAGGUUAUUGUGCCAACGGCCAUAAUAUGCCGUUGACUUCCGAUUUUAAAUUUUUUUCAGGCCUGGAUCAUUUUUUACAGUCAAGCCAGGCAUUCUAGCACUUUGCUUUACACGUCACAAUUUUUAUGCGUUACAGCCUCCUUGUCGCUGUUUAAUCCACAGACUCUUGACAUGGGGAGUAAAAUGUCCUUCGGCAGAGGAAGCAGUGACCCAAAUACAGUGUCUGAGUUAACUUCUGUGGCACCUCAUCCUCGCAGUCCCAUUCAUGCGCCUUCGGACUGCAAGCAGAUACCUGAAGCUAGUAUAUGCAGUGAGGGAGACCUAGACUCCAGGUGGGAAGGAGAAAUGAAAGCAGCAGAACUGAAUCAACCUGCCCCUGAGUCCCACUCAUCUGGACGCCUGGAGCCCGAUGGCCAUGUCGGCUCUGAAACAGUAGGCGGAUUAAAGUGCAGACAGAGCGAGCUCGUGUCGUCGCAAGUAGGGAUGGAAGCAGUGUCUCAAAUGACUUCUGCGAGCGUGUGCAGCUCCACAACAGACGGCCACAUAGAAGUCCACAGCAGACGUCGGCGGCGUCGCAGAACAGACCAGCUGUUGACCGACGAGAAAACAGAUCCGGAUGCUGCUGGUAAGGAUGCGGUUCAGCACGAGGAGGUCAGCACCACAAUACCUUUGCCAACUUGUUUAGAAAACCACAGUGAUGUUUCGCACAACGCCGUAGAUGGUCACUUAAUCCAUGAUUCACCCCAUAAUGAGAUGUCUGGUCCUCAUGCUGCCUCCUCGGAUGAUCAAGUAAAAGGUGGCGUCUCUUUGCGGCAAAGAAAAAGAAGAGGGCAGCCAAAAAGACCUGAAGUCACAGCUUCUGAAAACACUAUGUCAAAGCCUGUUGCUCCUGCUCCCCCUGCUCCCCCUGCUCUGCCUCAUGCUAAUAAUAUUAGCGUCCCUGCACGGAGGCUAAGGAGCAGACGACAGCAGCAUCCCUCAACAGAGGAUGGAAAGUCUGAAUCGCACAGCACGGAAGAACUAAAGCAAACUGAAGCGCCCAACUUUCCCGGUGUUAAAAGAAGAAGGACUAGGUUGCGUAUUGAUCAACAAGUUCCGGCGAAGGUGUCCAAGCUGGAUGAUUCCCAGGAGGCCUUGCCGGUGUUGAGCAACAACACAGACUGCGAGGGGAAAGCAGAGACAGAUAAACAGGUGGAGCUGUGCGCUGACCAACAAGGGACUGAUAGGGAUGGAAAGGGCGAUCAACUCCCUUCGCCGUCUGCAGAAGGACAAGAGCAGCAGACGCAACUAAAGAAAGGUGCAUUACCUCAAAGAAAUACCAAGACAGAACCUGAAGGUACUCCUGUAGCGGGUCUGAACUUAAUAAGCACUACUCCAACUGAUGAUGAUAAAAUAAAGCAUUCGGCAGAUGUGAAUGGCAGUGAGGAGUCGCAGUCCAAAACCCCUAAAUCUCCAACAAAGGCAGAGUUGCAGAAAUCAGAGCACUCUACCAAAAACAUCGUAACGUCAUCUGAGCAAACACCUAAAUCUGUUGGGAUCCUGCCUGCUGUGAAAGCUGAGAAUAUAGAGAUAGAGGUGGAUCAUUUAAAUCCUGUGUCACAGUCAAAUACUCCUAAAGCUUUUCAGUACAGUGCCAACGCCACGGUUAAGUCAGAGGCUCCAAACACUCAGCAAAAUACUUUUAGGCGGAAGAGAGGCGGCAAGAGGAGGAGAAGAAUAACGAAUGUUUUGUUACCGAAAGAGCCGAUUGUAGAGAACCACGAAGCCAGUGGUGACACUGAACAAAAAGCAGAGUGUGGUGACGCAGUUACGGAAGACGGCUCCGACCCAAACAUCAUCUAUACGAAAAAAGGGGGUAAAACACUACUGAAAUGUGGUUACUGUGGUCGUACGUUUAAAUUCCUGUCUCAGUUCGUCAUCCAUCAACGCAUUCAUACCGGUGAAAGGCCUUUCAAAUGCGAAGAAUGUGGCAAAGGUUUCAGCAAAAACUCCAACUUAAAUCUUCAUCUCAAGACGCACAGGAAGAGCAACAUAUAUCAGAAAUGCCCGUUUUGCAAGAUUAAAUUCUCUUGCUCGGAGUACGCCUCUCAUAUGAAGAUGCACGCACAAGAGCUGGACCAGGACAGCAAGAACAACAAGUCUGAAAAACGGAGCCGAGGCAGCGAUAGUGAAAACAAGCAGGGUGUUCAGAAAGUAGAGAAGAGAGACAGAAAAGUUUGCCAAUACUGCGGUAAAACGUUCCCAUUUCAGUCCGCCCUCAUCAGACACGUCCGCGUCCACACUGGAGAGAAGCCUUACAAGUGCGAUAUAUGUGGCAAAGCUUUUGGUCAGGCCUAUUUCCUCCGCGUUCACGAGCUGACACACUGGUCUGUGAAGCGUUACAACUGCACGCGCUGUGAAAAAUCGUUCACACAUUAUAGCAAUGCGAAAAAUCACACGUGCAGACCUUCGGGAAGCAGCGACGGCUCACAACCCAACAGACGCGUAAAGCCUUCGCUGACGUACACCUGCCACAUCUGCAAGAACAUUUUUGACCAUCUGCAUGAGUUCAACAGCCACAUGAGAGACCACACCGGCGCGAAGCUUUAUCGCUGCUUGUAUUGCGACAAGCUGUUUGGUGUGCUGUCUGAGUUUAUCACCCACCGCAGUGAGUGUAAAGUAGAAAAGCAAACCUCCUCCACCUUUGUCAUAAAGGAGGAGGAGACCAUGUCAUUAAUUCAGUACUCCGUGCCUGCACUUAGGUGUUCAUCAGGAAACAAUUCAGCUGCUCUCCCUGCUGCGAAUUACACACCACAGAAAAAAGAGCCGCAAACCAACCACAAGAAGCGCCCUGCGAACUUAACGAAGCCGUUCCAGUCUACAGUCAUGCCGGCUCAUCACCACUCGCACCUCGUGUCAAAGUUAAACAAGCUAGACAACAGGUCAGACCCCAGGAAGUAUCUAUGUCCGAGCUGCGGGCGGCUGUUCAGACACAUGGGCCGGCUCAGGGCCCACAUGCUAACGCACGCCUCGGGUCAAAGCUACUCCUGUGCCUGCUGUGGUAAGACGCUAGGAAACUGGAAAAAACUGUGGCAUCACCAGAGAAUCCAUCGCCAGAGACGCGGCCGCUUCACUUGCUCUCAGUGCGGGCAGGGUUUUCGGUUCGUGGAGCCUUACAGAAAACACAUGAGCGAGCACCCGGAGUUCCAGUGGGUGCAGGUCAGACCUAAGAAAGUGUUUCUGCCUUAUCAGUGUGAGCAGUGCAGAUGCAGCUUUAAGACUUUAGACCUGCUGUUCAGCCACCAGCUCUGCCAUUCCUCGACAGACACACGCAAGGAUUUCGAUUUAUUCAUAGUUGAUCACAGUGCACAGUCAAAUAAGAAAACACUCAGCCCUUCCACCAACAACACUAUAUCAACCUUACGUGCACCGUCUGAGGAAAACGGCUCUCCUCUGAGCCUCUCAUCCAAAUAUCCAGCCUCUCAAGAGUCGCCUCUCGCACCCAUGGUUACUUUCGUCCAUAGUCAGGCUCCUGAUUUGGGUAAUUCUUUGCAGCAUCAUUCCAGCAGGACAUAUUCGACUGAAGACAGAGAAACCAGUCAUGAAAGAGUAGGUGAAAACACACCUGGAAAGCCUAUUACACCUUUAAGAACUGUAAAAAGACACAUGACACAAAAUGCCAGCAUUUCAAACGAAGCCUCUUCAGACGGUCUUCAGUGCGCAGUGUGUGGAAAUGCAUAUUCAGCCAUUUCAGACCUUUAUCAGCAUUAUUUGAUGCAUGCUAGAGGUCAGGUGUAGUAGCCUAAAUUCAAACAGGGUGCACCUUUUUCAGUGUUCCGACUACGUUCAACAGAGGGCUCCUUGUCGCUCGAGACUACACAGCAUGAAAACACUGUUAGAAACCCGGAGAACUUCAAAUGAUUUGACUUGUGUUUCAUGAAAUUUUUGAAUCUGUUUUCAUGGCGUUUAGGAAGCAGGUUUCAGGUAGAAGCCACUAAUGUAACCUUUAGUUUCUAUGAUUUCGUUCCUUACAAGUGAAACACUAGAGCUGUAGAUGGAGAAGUUUAAAUUUGAUUCAGCUGGAUUGUGCCGUGGGGGACUGCAGCCUGUCGAGAAGCAGCCCUUGAAUAAUGUAAUUGGCGCUAAAACCCUGUUUAUGAAUGCAGAAACGAUACUGUAUGACACAACAAAUAAUGGAAAAUAGGAGUUUAAUUUGGAGACAUUGGAGGAAAUGAAAUAGCCACUAAAAUGUUCCCUUGAUCCCUUGCCUAUUCUUAUUGCUCCGCAUCCCACUACAAUCUGUAUUUCACAGAUAUACUGAUUUCUGUGUGUGACAGAAUUGACAGAGUGGAAAAGGUCACUUUGGUCUAAUAAAAAUCAUUACUGUCAUUGAUAUUCAGCAGAUUUCAAACACUUCCACCUCAUCAUGAUGUAUCUAAUUACUGUAUGACCACUGUGAAUCUUGAUUUCAAACUUCAAAUCAUGCUGAUGUUUUCUUGCCCUGAAGUCAACGUGUACUGAUUUCAAACUCGUAUCAGUAUUUUGUAAUUACAUUUUGAGAGUGAAUAUGAGCUUUGCACAUGUUUGUCAUAUUGUGGACUGAAUUUCAUCCUCGUCAGGCUUGAGUUUAUUGGGAUCAUGAAAAAAAAACAACAUUUCAAAAGCUGUUUCCUGGACGGACACUUUGCUCUGUUGUAUAUCAUUUUAUGCUAUAGUUUGUCUUAAAAACAAUAAAGGUCACUUUUGUAUUUCUA